CUGAAAUCACAGAACGGGGGAGCGUAUAUUUUCUCGGCAGCCAAACGAAGAAUCAUAAGCUUCUUGAUUUUCAAAAUCAAGUGCGAUAUCGCAAUUAGCUGAACACUCUUUUUGUCUAAUUUUAGGCGAAAUUUCCUGAAAAAAUUGAUGUUCUUCGCGGUAUAGAGACAUGUCCAACGUAACGGUCUGUGCACGCUUUAGACCUUUAAGCUCCAAAGAGAGAAGCGAUCACGGUGAUAAUACUUGCAUUCAAACCGUAGAUGCUGAAACUUUCACGUUCAAGGAUGAGAAGGAUGGAGAUUUUAUGUUCAGUUUUGAUAGGGUGUUCAAUGAGGAUUCUGGUCAAGCUGAUGUUUAUGAAUUUCUGGCUUUGCCAAUUGUUCGAGAUGCUGUUAAUGCAGUAAAUGGGACAAUCAUCACUUAUGGACAGGUUACAAUGAAAUUCAGGAACUCAAGUGUUCUUGUAGAGACAGGAGCAGGGAAGACAUAUAGCAUGGAGGGACUCAGCAUCAUAGGCUGUGAUGAGCCAAAGAAAGGGUUACUUCCAAGAGUUGUAGAUGGACUUUUCGAGGGUAUUAAGAAUUCUAAUGAGUCAGUCAAAUACACAAUCAAGUUGUCAAUGGUAGAAAUCUAUAUGGAGAAAGUAAGGGACCUCUAUGAUUUGUCAAAGGACAACAUACAAAUUAAGGAGAGUAAAGGGCAAGGAAUAAUGUUGUCUGGUGUGACACAGAUUUCUCUAAUGGACCCCGCAGAAGCAUUGCUAAGCCUAUCGACAGGGAUAGCAAACAGGACUGUUGGAGAGACUCAAAUGAAUAUGGCCAGCAGUAGAAGUCAUUGUGUUUACAUUUUUACUGUUCAGAUGGAAUUGACUGGGGAAAAAAGGGUCAAAACUGGAAAGUUAGUUCUUGUUGACUUGGCGGGGUCAGAGAAGGUAGAUAAAACUGGGGCUGAGGGAAGAGUACUUGACGAAGCUAAGACUAUCAACAAAUCCCUGUCUGCCCUUGGAAAUGUAAUAAAUGCAUUGACAUGUUCACAAGGCAAAGCAAAUCACAUUCCAUAUCGCGAUUCAAAGCUGACUCGACUUCUACAGGAUGCUCUUGGAGGCUACUCACGAACCGCAUUGCUGUGUUGUUGCUCACCUAGUCCUUCAAAUGCAUCAGAGAGCCUGUCCACUCUCCGCUUUGGUACAAGGGCAAAGCACAUAAAGGCAUCACCGUGUGCAAACCAAGCUGAAGAUAUGUACAACAAAAAGCAGGGAGCGCCCUAUCCAACAAAAGAUGAACCAUGUGAGAGAAUUCUACACAAGUUGAGGGAGAAACUGGAUAUUGAAGAUGUGAAGUUACUUGAGAACUUGUUCAUACUGGAGGGAAUUUUCUUUGAUCCUAACUCAGUUGAAGACUUGGAAUUAGCUUGUAAAGAUGUCACAUUGCAGACAAUUUCAUCAUUGCAGCAAGCUGUGGAAGACCUUGCAUUCACUGUUGAGGAGCUUAAGAAAGAGAACGAGGAUCUCAAGGCCAGACUUAAAGCUACUAAAAGUUCCCCUUCAUUUCACAAAACGGCAGGAGAAAAUCCAGGUUUUGUUCAUAUUUUUUCAGGCAUUCCGAGUGCCAUCCUUUCCUGGAUUGGGUCCGUCUCUCCCUCCAAGAUGCGAAAAUGAAAACCACUGCAUUGCUUAUUCUCAUGGUGUGAUCUUGCAAAAUGCAAAAAUGUAGACUACCAGAAGUACUCAUUAUUUGUUUUUACUUGGGCCCAAUCUGAUUUUGAGUGGGCCUGGGAAUGGAAAAGGCUUGUGUAAAUUGGGCUGAUCUCCUGUUGGGCCUGGGCCUGGGCCAGGGCCAAAUGCUGCAUUGUCAAAUGAAGAUUGGAAAAAGAGUGACGCAUUGUUCAUU